CGGGGCUGCGGCACAGGCUGGGCGGCAGCAUGGCGGCGGCGGCUGCUGUUGCUGCUGCGGCUUCUUCCGAGGAGCCGGCACCGAGUGCGACGGCAGAACCUGAGGCCAUAGACGAAGACAAUCGCGACGUCCGAGUGCUUCAGAGCUUGCGGGGCAAGAUCUGUGAAGCAAAAAAUUUAUUGCCAUAUCUUGGACCCAACAAAAUGAGAGAUUGUUUCUGUACCAUAAAUUUGGACCAGGAAGAAGUUUAUCGUACGCAAGUUGUUGAAAAAUCUUUAAGCCCAUUUUUCAGUGAAGAGUUUUACUUUGAGAUCCCAAGAACUUUCCAGUAUUUGUCAUUCUACAUUUAUGAUAAGAAUGUUUUACAAAGAGACCUUCGUAUAGGAAAAGUAGCCAUCAAAAAAGAAGACUUGUGUAACCAUAGUGGUAAAGAAACUUGGUUUUCACUACAGCCUGUUGACUCAAAUUCCGAAGUUCAGGGUAAAGUUCACCUCGAAUUAAAACUGAAUGAACUGAUAACAGACAAUGGAAAUGUUUGCCAGCAGCUUGUUGUACACAUCAAAGCAUGCCAUGGUUUGCCUCUCAUAAAUGGACAAAGCUGUGACCCGUAUGCAACAGUUUCUCUCAUGGGCCCUUCCAGGAAUGACCAGAAGAAGACAAAAGUAAAGAAGAAAACCAGUAACCCGCAGUUUAACGAAAUCUUUUAUUUUGAGGUAACCAGAUCCAGCAGUUACACGCGAAAAUCUCAAUUCCAGGUAGAAGAGGAAGACAUUGAAAAGCUAGAAAUUAGGAUUGACUUGUGGAACAAUGGAAAUCUGGUCCAAGAUGUUUUCCUAGGUGAAAUUAAGGUUCCUGUGAAUGUGUUGAGAAAUGAUUCUUCUCAUCAAGCUUGGUACUUACUGCAACCAAAAGACAAUGGAAAUAAGUCUUCCAAAACUGAUGACUUGGGGUCUCUUCGGUUAAAUAUAUGCUACACAGAAGACUGUGUGCUUCCUUCUGAGUAUUAUGGACCUUUGAAAACUUUGCUGCUAAAAUCACCAGAUGUACAGCCCAUAUCUGCCUCUGCUGCUUACAUUUUGAGUGAAAUAUGUCGAGAUAAAAAUGAGGCUGUUUUGCCACUGGUCCGACUGCUGCUGCACCAUGAUAAACUUGUUCCUUUCGCCACUGCAGUGGCUGCAUUAGACUUGAAGGAUACACAAGAAGCAAACACAAUUUUCAGAGGAAAUUCCUUGGCUACCCGAUGUCUGGAUGAGAUGAUGAAAAUCGUGGGAAGGCACUACCUGAAAGUAACCUUGAAACCUAUUCUAGAUGAGAUAUGCGAAUCUUCCAAGUCCUGUGAAAUUGAUCCUAUUAAAUUGAAAGAGGGAGAUAAUGUAGAAAAUAAUAAAGAGAAUCUUCGCUACUACGUAGAUAAGUUAUUCAGCACAAUUGUAAAAUCCAGUAUGAGCUGCCCCACUGUAAUGUGCGAUACCUUUUAUUCUCUACGGCAGAUGGCGACCGAGCGAUUUCCUAAUGACCCUCAUGUUCAGUACUCUGCUGUGAGCAGCUUUGUAUUUCUUCGUUUCUUUGCUGUAGCUGUAGUAUCACCUCAUACUUUUCAUUUGCGACCUCAUCAUCCAGAUCCACAAACAAUUAGGACAUUGACUCUUAUUUCAAAAACCAUUCAGACUUUAGGAAGCUGGGGGAGUCUAUCCAAAAGCAAGUCAAGUUUCAAAGAGACAUUCAUGUGUGAAUUUUUCAAAAUGUUUCAAGAAGAAGGAUAUAUUGCAGCAGUUAAGAAGUUCCUGGAUGAAAUUUCAUCUACUGAAACUAAACAGUCCACUGAUACGAGCGAGCCUGUGCACCUGAAAGAAGGUGAGAUGUAUAAAAGAGCUCAGGGCAGAACUCGGAUUGGAAAAAAGAAUUUCAAGAAACGGUGGUUCUGCUUAACAAGCAGAGAGCUCACCUACCACAAACAGCCAGGUAGCAAAGAUGCAAUUUACACAAUUCCAGUAAAAAACAUUCUUGCUGUAGAAAAAUUGGAAGAGAACUCUUUCAACAAGAAAAAUAUGUUCCAAGUAAUACAUACAGAGAAACCACUCUACGUCCAGGCAAAUAACUGUGUAGAAGCUAAUGAGUGGAUAGACGUCCUCUGCAGGGUGAGCAGGUGCAACCAGAACAGGCUCAGCUUUUAUCACCCAUCUGCAUACCUGAAUGGCAGCUGGCUGUGCUGUCAGGAGACCAGUGAAAACACACUGGGCUGCACGCCUUGUACAGCAGGUAUUCCUGCAGACAUCCAAAUAGAUAUUGAUGAAGACAGAGAAAUCGAAAGAAUUUAUUCCCUCUUUACGUUCAGUAUACUUAAGCUGCAAAAAAUGGAAGAGGCUUGUGGAAGUAUAGCGGUCUACCAGGGACCACAGAAGGAGCCUGAUGAUUAUUCUAAUUUUGUAAUCGAAGAUUCUGUAACAACUUUCAAGACAAUUCAGCAAAUCAAAAGCAUCAUAGAGAAACUAAGUGAACCUCAUGAAAAGUAUAGGGAAAAAAGAUCAAGCAGUGCAAAGUAUGGGAGCGAGGAAAAUCCAAUUGUUGGGAAAGCAUCUUAGAAUUUAACCGGUUGAUUCUGAAGAACUGGAAAAUAUUCUUUUUCUUGGAAUUUUUAAGUUUAUCAUAUAUUUUGUCCAGAGUAUUUAAGAAUGAACUUUGGCUUCAUUGUCCCCUGUGUUCAUGUUGUAUUUAAUAUUUAAUAACUGAAAAUUUUAACUGUUUGGAAAUCCUGAUACUGUUUGUUUUCUUCGAGAAUCUGAAAUCCAAGAUUCCCUUUCUAUCUCGUGUGUCAGAAGCCAUGUUUCUGCAACUCCUUUUUACUAGAAAGAAUCUUCCUGAAGAAGAUUUGGAAGAAACUUUGUGAAAAAGGGACCACACACCUCCACAGCAGGAAACCUCGUCUUAGAACACUCUGUUCUGUGACCAUUAGUGCCUGGUCUGUGCUGCCAACAUCAUGUUCAUUAGAAAAUCCCAAACCAGGACAAUUCAGAGCUU